AGCGCUCACUUCCCGUCAGGAAGCAGCAGUCUCACAUGGCUCCUCCGGGUUGCUUCUGCUGAGUCCUGCUCUCAGGGCAACAACUGUGCGAGUUCGGAGCACCAGGAGCUGCAGCAGCCUUUUCUGCCUGCCAUGAGGGACUCCGGAGGGGCUGUGGUGAGAACCGGAUUAGUGGGCCUGAUGGUAGGGGCGGGUGUCUGCUACUGUAUUUACCGAGUGACCGCCAGAAAAAGGAAAAACCAAGGAACAGCCGCAGCCGGGACAGAAGGGGAAACUCUUCAGAAAGAACGUGAAGGAGGGGCAGCUCCUUGGGGGACACACGGGGAGGUUGCACCAGAGGGCAGUUUAUUGCAACGAGUAUCUGGCAUUUCCGUGCUUUCUAGCACUGACCAGAAAGAUUCUAGCAGUUUUCAGCAAGCAGGCAUGGAUCUUCCAAAAUCACCCCAUGGUCUGGAGAUGCAUCACAUACAGAAACUUAUUCAUUUACUUGAGUCUACUGAGGAUCCUUCCAUUCAGGAACAAGUCUUGGUUACACUGAGCAACAGUGCUGCAUUCUCUGUAAAUCAAGAUAUCAUUCGAAAUGUAGGUGGCCUCUCUGUUGUUGGAAAAAUGCUUUCAGUUCCUGUUACAAAUGUUAAAGAGAAAGCACUCAAUGCUCUUAAUAACUUGAGUAUGAAUAUUAAAAAUCAAGAAGAAUUAAAGAUAUAUAUUACCAAAGUCUGUGAAGAAAUGGAUUCAUCUCCAUUGAACUCUGAACUACAGUUAGCUGGGCUUCGAUUUUUGACCAAUAUGUCUGUUACCAAUGCCUAUCAUUCCACAAUGACUAGCUCCAUACAGUGCUUUCUUCAGUUGCUUUCGGAAGGAAAUGAAAGAACACAGGUUCAGGUUCUAAAAGUACUUGUGAAUUUAUCAGCAAACCCAACUAUGACAGAACACCUUGUAAAUGCUCAGGCACCUUUCCUAUUAUCCUUGUUUGAUAGCUGCAUACACAAAGAUGUUUUGCUCAGAGUCCUGAUGUUUGCCACCAACUUGACAAAAUAUAUGAAAAAGGACAAGAGGGCUACUCUUCAUGAUCAACACAGUGAAGAUUCAAUUCUUUCUGUACUCUGGGGAAAUUCUACACUGUGUGCUCAAAAACUGGCAUCUUUAUUGUACCACCAAGACACAGAAGUCAAAGAACAGGUUGCAGAACUAAUAAUGCAACAGUGCUGAAAUCCAAGAUUGCAGAGUUAAAGACAAUUUACAGACUCCUGAGUUUUGUAUGACUUAGAUUGCUACAAGUGGAUGUUUAUGAAUGCUGGAGUGUUUCCAUAUAAAUGGACCUCCUGCAUACACAAUAAUUUUCCCAUUCACUGUAAUGGAAGGGACAGCAGUAGCAAAACUGUGCAUUCCUUUUUGCAUGUACAAAAGCGUCCACAGUGAAUGGCAUAUGCAUACUGGUACAAUGAAACUUAAGAUAACAAGUGGACAAUCUGCAGCCCCCCAGAUGUUGUUGGACUUCACAUCCCAUCAGCCCCACCCAGCAGGGCUAGUGGUCAGGGAUGAAAAGUGUUGGGAGUCCAACAACACCUUUCAAGUUGGGGCACAGGUUGCCCACUCCUGCUUUAGAUAAAUACCAUUCUGCUUUGUUACUGAACACAAUUUAAGUUUUAGAAAGUGCAGUGCUAGUUUUUCUAUAGAAAUGCUUCAGCCACAUCACCUCAGAAGCCCACAUGUUCUCAUUUAAAGCUUUCUAAAAUAGACCUUGGUGUAUAAUUGUUAGUGUUGAAAAAAUCUGAUCCUAGAAUAUUUUAAUCUAUUCCAGACUUCCACAAGUGUGGGCUUCUACGCUGAAUUUAAUAGAACAGGAAGCUCCAUACAGAUGGGAAAGUCCCAUUAUAAUAAAGGGGGGGGGGGACAGGUUGUCCAUUGAAAGCUUUGGGGAUGCAACUUUACCUGUAAUCACUGUUUUCUGUACUACCACCAGCAUCUCAUGACUUGUGUUGACGUAGCUGUUUACUAUGGCUACAUCAAGUACUUCUCUACUAGUACAAGUGUUAAGGUUGGAUUAUAGGGAAUAAUCAGAUUCAGUGCUUAAUAAAUAUUUACCUAUUGCCUAGUUUAAGCCCUCUGGAAAGAACAUAUCACAACCCGACAAAACUUUAUGUAUAGUUCUGGAUGGCAUGGGUGAUUGCCAAAGGAGUGAGAUUCUAUGGUUAGGUUUGUUGGUUAGAAAAAAAAGCAUUUAAAUUACAUCAGAUAC